CUCGAGCGUCUGGCCACGGAGCUGCUGGCGGCAGCCGGCCCGCAGGAGCGUUCGCGCCUGCUGCUGGGCUACGCGCGCCGCCUGGCGCCGCUGCCCGAUGCUGCCCGCACAGACGCCAACCGCGUGAUGGGCUGCACCGCACAGGUGUGGGUGUCUGCUGAGCUGGAUGGCGAGGGCCGCCUGCGCCUGAUGGCCGACAGCGACAGCGAGCUGACGCGCGGCCUGGCCGCCCUGCUGGUGGAGGGCCUGUCGGGGCUGACGCUUGAAGAGCUGCUGCAGGUCGACUCUGCUGUGCUGGGGCAGCUGGGGCUGGGCGCCGCUGUGCUGACGCGCAGCCGCGCCAACGGCUUCCUCAACAUGCUUGAGUCACUGAAGAGGCGGGCCCGCAUGCUGCUGGGCGACCUGCCCCGCUUCCCCUCCCUGCUCAUCGGCGCGGAGCGCACCUCGGCGCAGGGCGCGUUUGCCGAGGCGCAGAACGCCUUCCUGCGGCCCGACGGCGCGGUGGUGGACCGCCUGGUGGAGCAGCUGGCGGCCAAGAAGGUCGGCGUGGUGGCCCACUUCUACAUGGACCCAGAGGUGCAGGGCGUGCUGUCGUCGGCGGCCGAGCGCUGGCCCCACAUCAACAUCAGCGACUCUUUGGUGAUGGCUGACGGCGCGGUGAAGAUGGCUGAGGCGGGGUGCACCGCCAUUGCGGUGCUGGGCGUGGACUUCAUGAGCGAGAAUGUGCGGGCCAUCCUGGAUGAGGCGGGACACGCUGACGUGGCGGUGUACCGCAUGUCCGCCGACUCCAUCGGCUGCUCGCUGGCCGAGGCCGCAGAGAGCCCCGCCUACGAUGCCUACCUGGCAGAGGCGGGGGACACGCCCAACUCGCUGCACGUGGUGUACAUCAACACCAGCCUGAAGACCAAGGCGCUCGCCCACAGCGUGGUGCCCACCAUCACCUGCACCUCCUCCAACGUCGUGCAGACCGUGCUCACCGCCUUUGCCCAGGUGCCCGACGUGCAUGUGUGGUACGGGCCUGACACCUACAUGGGGCGCAACCUGGCGCAGCUGUUCCAGUCCCUGGCCAACCUCAGCGACGAGGAGGUGCGGGAGCUGCACCCGGCGCACACCCAGGCCUCGAUCCACGCGCUGCUGCCGCGCCUGCGCUACUUUGAGCAGGGCACGUGCAUCGUGCACCACCUCUUUGGUGGGGAGGUGUGCGAGCUGGUCAAGGAGGGCUACCGCGACGCGUAUCUGACCGCCCACUUUGAGGUGCCCGGCGAGAUGUUCAGCCUGGCCAUGGACGCCAAGCGGCAGCGCGGCAUGGGCGUGGUGGGGUCCACCCAAAACAUCCUCGACUUUAUCGCCGCCAAGCUGGGCGCCGCUCUGGAGCAGCCCUUCCCCAACCGCCUGCAGUUUGUGCUGGGCACGGAGAGCGGCAUGAUCACCAGCAUUGUGCGUAAGGUGCAGGGCAUGCUGCGCGCGGCGGGGCGGGACGACGUGGAGGUGGAGGUGGUGUUCCCCGUCAGCCCCGAGGCCAUCACCACAGACCGCCAGCAGCAGCAGGUGCGAGCAGGGCUGCCGACGGGGCUGUCUGUGGUGCCGGGCCCCGCGGGCGGCGAGGGCUGCUCGCUGCAGGGCGGCUGCGCCUCCUGCCCCUACAUGAAGAUGAACUCCCUGCAGGCGCUGAUGACGGUGUGCCAGCGCGUGGGCAGCCCGGCGGGCGAGGCGCUGCUGGAGGCCUUCAAGCCGCGGCCCUACACCGAGCUGGUGGAUGGCAAGACCAUGGCGCAGGCCGGCUGCGUGCCCAUCCUGCACAUGAGGGGCUUCCAGAAGGGCGGCAAGCUGCCUGAGGCACUGGUGGCGGACAUCACCGGGCGCCACAGCGCCUGA